AUGGUCGUGCACAACCUUGCAGAGUAUGUAGCCUACCAUCAAGCCAAGCUUCGUGAAGAACACGCGCGCAACAACCCCCAGCCUGCAAAGAAAUACGGUGUUAACCCAAUCCGCAGCAAGUCCUCCUACACGAGCUCGAUCGUCCAAGGCCCUGCCGAUAAGCUGAUCGUCCUCGACUGCUUCGCCACCUGGUGCGGUCCUUGCAAGGUCAUCGCGCCCGAAGUCCUCAAGUUCUCCAACUCGGAGCAGUACAAAGACAAGGUCGACUUUUACAAGGUCGACGUCGACGAGGUGCCCGAUGUCGCCCAGGAACUCGGCGUGAGAGCCAUGCCUACAUUUAUGUUCUUCAAGAAUGGCGAGAAGGUCGACGAGGUCGUCGGCGCCAAUGUCCGUGCCUUGGAAGCGGCCAUUCAGAAGCACAUUUAA